UCUCCAUGAAAUUAAUAUGAACAACCAGAACGAUAUUGACUAUAAAAGCCAGGCAAAAUACUCAACAAACCAGUUUCGACCUCGUAGCCGAACAAAAACCUCCUUUAGAAAUACUUCAACUUCUCUUCCAAACUCCUUCAGUUAUAUUCAACUGCUCCAAUAUGGGGUCCAAAUUUCUGCUCGGAAAUAUUCUGGCUUUUGGGAUGUGUCUUGGCAUUGUUAUGUCAACUAAUUGUCCUGCACCUUUAACUAAUACACGAAAUUCGGAAAGUAACUCAAAUAGUCAAGCUCAUCGUGAAUGUAACAUUGGGCCAUUAUGUGACUGUUAUGCGACGACUACGCCAGGUAAUGCCCCAACAACUUCAACGGCUGCCGCAUCUACAUCCACUGCUGCAAGUCUGGCUACAGGUUCUAGUGGAGUAACCUCAAAUGCAACCUCUGGAAGUCAAGCUCCUGUGAAUGUCACAAUAAGUUCUGCGACACAAUCCGCAAGCUCAUUCGCUACUUCAAGCUCAACAUCAGGAUCUUGCCCAUGCCUCUUAGUUACAGAGUUAAGAAGAAUUAAAUUUUUACGUUUGAACUUUGACCAACAAAACCGUUUCGAGGUCUGUAUAAAGCAGAUAGAGAUUGACCUUGCUGAUGUGACUUUGACUUUAUCAGUAAAGGUUAUUAGAUCUGUUCUUCAUUUAAAAAAAUGCUUCGCAAACAACACUGACAUUGAACCAUUAGUUACUUGCGAAACAAUUGAUAAAUGGGGAAGGGUCUUCGAGUUUAUUAUUGCAGGAUUCAGCUUCUGUUCAGAUAAUAUGAAAUUAGCAAUAACUCCAGUAGAUAAUAUUGGCAAUACCCCGCUAACCGCCGCUAUUGAAAAUGCAACAGCUAAUGACAAAUGUGGCAAUGGAACAACCGCAAUCGUUCUUACAUGGACAAAAUGGUUUAAAAGGGUUUGCAUUAAAAACGAUGAUGACUGGCCAAUGGAACGAAAAAUUGCAUAUCACGCUGUGGUUCUUCGCCAAUACUGCGCUAAUGCUGCACCUUCCUGCGUCUAUCUAAAUAUAUUGCAAGCAAAAAUUAACUUGGUUGGAAUAGAUUUAACAGUUGAGGACUUUCUUUUCCUCUGUGAUCCGUAUACAACACUCUCAUCAAUUGGAAAUGCCAUGUUAAGUGGAGAUGCUGAUAGCAAUCCUACGUUAAAAUCACUCAACAACUCCAUCAAUUCCAAUGCCACUGCUCAAAAUUAUAACUCCUCAACUAUAGCCGAAGCUAACAACUACGUUUCAACAUGCUACAGCUACUUCAAAAUUGAAAAUGACCCUUUUAAACGUUUGAAAUUUUUAUCGGCACAAUUCUCAUAUUUGAGUUCGUUGGCACAUACGUUAUGCUACCUAACGACAAUUAUUGGAAACGGGUUUCAGUGCCCAUAUUCGCAAAUUAUUGGCACUUCGCACAUUUGUACCAAUAACAACGUUACUGUUUACAAUCAAACUGUUCCUCAAGAUUAUGCCCAUUGUUUCAAACCUGACAAAAAUAACAACACAGAAGUGAUGCAAGCCAUAGAUUUAGACUUGAAACCUCUUCUCACAUCAGUGCAGAUUAUGUCACUUAACAGCUACAGAAACGCAAUUCUCAAUUGUAUAUACAAAUUAUAUCCUAAUGACUGUGUCUCUGCUUAUCAAUGUAGCUUUACUUAUAUUAAAAAUUGCUUCACAAGCAACGGACAAACACAACCGAGAGCAUUGUUUAUGAACACAUUUCUUUGGACAGUUUUUCCUCCUCCACAAACAGUUUCACAAACAAUAAUAGUUGGAACUUUUUCUGGAUCAUGUGGAUGCAAUUCAAAGUAA